CGCCGCUGCCGCUCCCCCGCUCGCGGAUAUGGCGUCCGAGCCCCCGCCGGGAUCCACCGGCGAAGCGACACGGACCCCGCCGGCGCCCUCCGCCGCGGCCGCCCCCCGCGUCUCCUACGUGCAGCAAUGCGUCGUGCUCGUCGACUGGUGGCUGGAGAGGGUGGAGGGCGAGGAGGGGAAGAUCCGCGUCGCCGGGAUCGCCUCCACCGCGCAGAUGAGGAAAGGAGCAUCAUCCUCAACGGGAAACAGGAACGUAGCAGGCCGAGUGUUCAGAUCUGCCGCCAUCGGGAGGCGCCAUGACCAACACGCGAUAGAGACUGAGGACGGUUACAAAAUACAGAUUGGCCGUCUCUUGAACGUUCCCCGAACACGUGACAAUGGAUUUCCUGAAAAGGUGUGCAAAUGCUUCGAGUUUGGCUUUCCGAUUCAGUGGCUUAAGCUUGUUAAUCCAAAAAUGGAGCAGCAGAAUGAACAAGCACAAUCAGAAUCUACUGCUGAUGCACCAAGGCAUUCAGUUAAAUAUUGGAUGGAGGAGUUCUUAAGCGAUGAUCUUACUAAUCUAAAGAAAUAUGCUUCCGAAGAGAAUGAUUCCUACUCAUCCGCAGGGUAUACCAGCAAUACAGAUGGACCUGCUAUCCAAAGCCUUUCAAACUUGCCUGAUGGUAAUGCAGGUAACAUGGCUGCAUCUGGGGGAUUAUAUGGCGGCAGAACGAACAUGCCUGGAAAACCAUUGGCACGACCUAGAGAAACAUCUUGUAGUGGUCAAGAAAGUGAUCAGCAUGAAAGUAUGCAGAUAGACACAAGCGAACAGGGGUUAGAUAAUCACUCCAUCAGCUCUGUUUCAGUUAAUCAAAAUACAGGUUCCUUCUGCCCUAACUCAAAAGUAGAUGACAGCAUAUUGGCGACAUCCAAAAUUAUGUCAGUUGAGAAGGAAAGCUAUAGGAGAAGAGUAGGUUCUAGUAAGGCUGACGAAGAUGCAGAUAUUCAGCAUGAGAAUAUGCAGAGCUGUUCAAAUGAACAUGAGAUAGUUACACUUCCCAUUGACUCUGCAAUAGUUAAUGAAAAUCCAAACUCUACAUCCUCUGACUUAGAAAAACCAGGAACUCCGAAAUGUGGCAAAGCUUCAAUGAAUCUGGGGAGUACAGAUGCAUUGGAACUACCAACUGAAAGGAUGACUCCACAGUUUGGAGCUGUUCAAGGUUCAGAAGACAGUCCAGUCAGGAGAUUGCGAAGUGGCAAAGUCUUUGGAAUGCCAAGUGGUGGGCUAAUGAAGAGCGGCCACAAGAAGAGAAAGAUCCAGCAUGAAGCAUCUAGUCAAAAUAUGAUACCUAAUGAAGGGGACACAUCCACUGCUGAUCUGACUUCUCACGAAAAUGAUUCGUCAGCUGCUGGGGGUGUCACUAAAGAUAAGCAGGAAUCACAUGAUUCACACAGAGGAAUAUCAGCGAAGAAGGCGAAGAAAAAGAGGGAGUCCAGCAAACUCUUCUGGAACUGGUGCUGAAACUUGUGCAGAGUUUGUUUCCCAACUUGAGUAGCUAAUUGGUAGAUGGAUCGUGCCAUUGUUAGAUGGUGACGCCGCUUCUGUAUGUCUUACCUCCCAAUUACUACCCCUUAAUAUGAUCUCAGCUAUAUAUUCCUAUUACUGAGCCUGUUCAAAACAGCAGAGAUGUUGGCCCUUAAUAUUAGUAUCAUGUCGUUCUAUUUGCAACUGAGUUCUGAUGUACAAAUGCUGCUUUCAUGCCUUAGGAAAGCGUGCAGUGUAACAUGUUGGACCGGUCUUCGCUUGCCAUCGUUAGUCUGGUGGGUAUUUGACAGUUGUAUAUCGCAAUUUCUUGAAAAACAAUUACCAA